UCGUUCUAUCGCUUCUCCCCUGAACAGCGGUCGUUUGGCGUAGCCAAAGAGUUUCGAAAUGGCGCAGAAAAUGGCUUCUGGUUGGGGCGUCUUCUUUAUCGUGACUAUCAUAGCUCUUGUGACGAUGAUUGUUCCAGCGACCAGUGAUAGCUGCAACAGCGGAAAGCUUCGAGUAAAGCUCGAAUCGCUGGAGCGAAAAAUCCUGGAAAUGAAGUCAGAUUUCGAUCGCAACCAACGACGCAUUGAACAAACUCUCGACAAGAUAUUGGAACAGCUUACCAAAGCUGAUGAGGCUGCUACGAACAACGAAGAUUCCACCACCAAACGAGCAGACAAGAACUCGUACAUGUGUUCCGACAACGGAUACGGUUGCCAGAAACUUGAAUCGUGUUCGGACGCCAUGAAGCGUGGACUUCCGUCAGGUAGAUAUCUGCUGGAAUUACCCGGGGUGGAGAGAAAAUCAUUCUUUGGGUAUUGCGAUCAAAACACUUCCAGCGGAGGUUGGCUGGUCAUCCAGAGCCGCGUCGAUGGUUCGAUGUCGUUCGAAAAAGACUGGAACUCGUACGAAAAGGGAUUCGGAGUGCCGGAGAAGAACUUCUGGAUUGGAUUGGAGAAGCUACAUCUGCUGACGCGGGAUCAAAGUUAUGAGCUGUGCAUCGAAAUGGUAAAUUGCUCGGUAAAUGGCUUAAAAGAGGGAAACAUCCGGAGACAUGCCGCAUACGAUGAUUUUGAAAUUGGAAGUGCGGCGGACUAUUACAAAUUGAAGAAGUUGGGCCAGUAUAGUGGAUCUGCCAGCGAUUCUUUGAGUGGUGUCGUGGGAGCCAAUUUCAGCACGUAUGACGCUGAUCAUGACGACUCGGUUGAUAAUUGUGCAUCGAUGACAGGAGGCGGUUGGUGGUUGCGAAGCUGCUCCUCAAAUGAUGAAGUAAAUAACCUAAAUUGCGUCUAUAAUGGACUACAUUGGCGAUUAAUCGAGUUUAAAGCUUUCAUAUCUAGCUGCACAGGUUUGAAAAUGUUGAUACGAGCAAAAUCAGUACCCUCGUGAGUAACAUCAAAUGAAUAAUUGUGAAUAAAAGGACAGUUAAUUUUGAAA